CACUUCCCAGACACUUCACAAGGGCCAUCUGCCGCUAGAUGUUUGGUUGUCUGAUCCGUCUUCCAUAAGUCACCCGUCGUCAAAGUGUAUUCUCCGCUCUUCAUCCGCUGCUGCGCUAAACAAUACAAUCUCAAAGUGACUGCACGAGCCAUCAAGCGUCGUCAAUCUUUGCGCCGAUCUUCGCAUCAAAAGUCAAAGACCAUCAUGAGCUACACUUUGUCGCCGGGUGCCAUCCCCGACGUCGAACCGAAGAUAGAGGCCCCUGAUGAAUGGCGCCAGAAUCUCAGCGUGCGUAUGGUGUGCCCUGACUGCAAGGAAGACCCGCCAAACCUCGUUGAAGAUCCUCAGGCGGCAGAUGUCAUCUGCGGAGACUGUGGCAUGGUCCUCUCGCAGCGCGGUAUCGACCAGCGUGCUGAGUGGCGCACUUUUGCAAACGACGACCAAGGCAAUGAUGACCCGUCGCGUGUUGGUGAGGGUCCCAAUCUCCUGCUGAACGGCAGUCAGCUGCAGACGAACAUUGCCUUUGGCGAUGGCUCGCUCAGAAGCAAAGAACUUCACCGUGCCCAGAGCAAGGCGAAUGCCGACAAGGGAAACAAGAACCUGCUCCAGGCCUUCAAACAGAUCGGUGCCUACUGUGAUUCAUAUGAUCUUCCGAAUAUCGUUGCAGAUGCCGCCAAGCACAUCUUCAAAGAUGCUGAAGACAGCGGGAAAUUCAAAGGCAAGUCGACAGAGGCAAUCAUCGCGGGCUGCAUCUUUAUCGCAUGCCGUCGCAACCAAGUUGGCCGUACCUUCCGCGAGAUCUACGACAUGACCCACGUGUCCAAGAAGGAGAUUGGGAGAACCUUCAAAUUGCUCGAGAACAUGCUGUCAUCGUCUGGAAAGAGUGAUGGAGGCAAGGCCAAGGUCAUGGGCAACGGUGUCGUCGGCAUCCACGACGCUUACCAAGGAACCGUUUCCACCAACCCUGAUGAACUUUGUGAUCGCUUCUGCGGUCAGCUUGGUCUGGACUUCCCAACCACCCAAGUUGCCAAAGAACUUGCGAAGUGCAUGGCCAGCAUCGGAGCUCUUGCGGGCCGCUCACCUCUAUCUGGAGCCGCUGCGUGUAUUUACAUGGCCAGCUUGCUUAUGGACCAAGUCAGAUCACCUAAGGCCAUUGGAGAGAUCGCGAAAGUUAGUGACAGCACGAUCAGAAGCGCCUACAAGUGCCUUUACGCAGAAAAGGAGACACUCUUGACAGAGGACAUUCUCAAAAGAGGUGCCGACCCGGAAAAACUCCUCAAACCAACCAACUAAUCUAAAAAUCUAUCGUGUAAAGUUCCCUUUCCCAUCAUUCAUCUUCUUAAGUGGUGCUCUGGCUUUCUUUGCAUUAUACCACAAAAACAAGACAAAAAGUUGCUCUUUGUAUUUUCACGGUUGGGACUCCUCGCGGACCGGAUGGGAUGGGCUGGGAUGAGAUGAAUUGCAAUUUUGCAAUAUUCAGCUGCGUUAAUUAUUGUUGUUAUGCGGCCGAAAACAAACAACAAUCAAGCAAAAAAAAAUAGAAGAAAAGACAGGCUGAAGAAUGCCAAAGAGGCAAUUGUCAUGCACGUCGAUCAAAAAUCAAAUUGAACAUCUCUUGUCAAUCA